CCUCCCGGUCCUCAGCAGGUGCGGUCAUCCUCGCGGCGCCACAGCGCCCCCGUGCGGCCGGAGGGGGCGCCGCGGCCGCAGGAGGUGUUAUUCCGUCUGGAUGUGUCACCGGGAGUCAGGGCGAGUCUCGACUGCGGACUGCACCGUCGAUGCGAGCAGGAUGAGAGGAACCGUCCGCCGUCCUCUUCACGCUUCGUCACUGCCAUGCUGACUGCAUAGACCGGCCUUCCAGGGGAAACAGACACGCUUCAGGAGGCGUUUUCGGCUCCGCUCUUCACCCAGCCGGCCCAGCCUCCGUCCUCAAACCCCGACGAGCCGCCGCCAUGUCCGGGAAGGAGCGCAGCCCCCGCCACCGGCCGUGGUCCGUCUACCGGGCCAACACCUUUGAUCUGUCGGCGGAGAUGAUGGGGCUGGCGCUGUCAGGAAACAGUCAGGAUCCGGACGAGCCGGUGCUGGAAUUCAGCGUGGCGUGCAGCGAGCUGGUUCCUCCCGCUCUGGAGCGUAAGCCCACCAGCUUUGUGGCCGUCAGCUGCACCACUCCGCCGCAGGCCUUCUGGACCAAACACUCUCAAACUGAGAUCAUAGAGGGCACCAGUAACCCCAUCUUCCUGAGCAGCGUCGCCUUCUUCCAGGACAAUCUGAUCACCCAGCAGACUCAAGUCAAGCUGUCCGUCUACGACGUGAAGGACCGCGCUCAGGGCACGAUGUACAUGCUGGGCUCGGCCAUGUUCUCCGUGAAGGAGCUGCUGCAGGACAAGCACCACCGGCUGCACCUGACCCUCAGGUCGGCGGAGAACGAGCGCGUGGGCAACAUCACGGUGAUCGCCUGGCAGAUAGAGGAGAAGCGCGAGCAGAGAGCCCCGGUGGCCCGGUUACAGAGAGGAGACACCGUCAACGGACGAAUGGUCCUGCCUGUUGAUGAAAGCCUCACUGAAUCCGUGGGCAUUAAAGCCAAGUCUUCAUCUUUAUGCAAAGAUCCUCUGCUGAAGGCCGUGUUUGGAGGCGUCAUGUCUCGGACGUACCGCUUCCCCACCACGGACGGGAACCACCUGCGGAUCCUGGAGCAGAUGGCAGAGAGCGCGCUCUCCCUGCACAUCCCUCGACAGUUUGUCAAGCUGCUGCUGGAGGAGGACGCCGUCAGGGUGUGUGAGCUGGAGGAGCUGGGCGAGCUGUCUCCGUGUUGGGAGAACCUGCGGCGGCAGAUCAUCACCCAGUACCAGACCAUCAUCCUCACCUACCAGGAGACCAUCAGCGACCUGCACGAGUACAAAGGCCCUUCGUUCAAGUCCAGCACGCUGAAAGCCGAGAGGAAGUUGGAGUUUAUUCCCACCAACCUGCACAUCCAGAGGAUGCGGGUCCAGGGAGAGUCCGGCUACGACCGGACGUACGACGUGGUGACGAUCGGCGCUCCGGCAGCACACCACCAGGGCUUUAAAGGCUGCGGCCUGCGCAGACUGCUGCACAAGCUGGAGGACGCCAGGAAACAAACGUAUGAAGAUGAGAGCUCCGGCUCCAGGUCGAUGGCGUACCAGCCUCAGGAUGUGGUGAAAGCGAAGGAGCUGAUCGGACAGAUCAACACUCUGAAGACACAAGUGUGUUACUACACCGAGCGUCUGUCCCGGGCCGCCAAGGACCGCUCGGCCAACGCCCUGGAGAGGACGCUGACCAUCCUCACCGAGAAGACUCGCCAGCUGGUCACCGUGUGCGACUCCAAGCUGCUGUCCUCGGCCAUCCUGGCCCUGGCGGCCGCCCGGCCCGAGUUCUCCCAGCGGAGCACGCCGUCCCCGUCCUCCUCCUCCCUCUCGCCGUCCUCCCGCUCGCCGUCCCGCUCGCCGUCCCGCCACGCCACCUCGCCGUCUCGCCACGCCGCGCCGACGGAGGGCGGCGAGGGGAGCCGGAGCAAGAGAGCCUCCCUGCAGGCGGAGCUGCACGAGGAGGAGUGGGAGAAGGUUUGGCUGAACGUGGAUAAGAGCCUGGAGUGUGUGAUCCAGAGGGUGGACAGACUGCUGCAGAGAGACAAGCUGCAGAGCGACAGCAGCUCCGAGGACGUCUUCCUCCUCGCCGACGAGGAGCCCAAUAAGAAAGAGAGCAGUCCAGAGGUGGAGAAGACAUCUCCGGGGGAGUGGAGCGACGCCCUCUACCCCCUCCUCACCACGCUGACCGACUGCGUCUCCCUGAUGAGCGACAAAGCCAAGAAGUCCAUGGUGUUCGUGCUGAUGCAGGACAGCGCCCCCACCAUCGCCAUGAGCCUCACGCUGCAGUACCGCCGUGACGUCGUCUUCUGCCAGACGCUGACGGCUCUGAUCUGCGGCUUCGUGCUGAAGCUGAGGAACAGCCUGAGCGACGCCGGCUUCCUGCGGCAGCUGCACACCAUCGGCCUGCUGGUGCAGUACGAGGCCCUGCUCAGCACCUACGGCGAGGAGCUGGCCAUGCUGGAGGACAUGAGCGUGGGAGUGAUGGACCUGAGAAACGUCACCUUCAAGGUGACCCAGGCCAACUCGGGCUUCGGCCCGGACAUGCUGCCGGUGAUCACGGGCAACAGGAGCGGCUUCAACGUCAGGGUGCCCAUGCCCGGCGCCAUGUUCGACACGCUGCCGCGGGAGAUCCAGAACGGCAUGCUGCUGCGCGUGCAGCCCGUCCUCUUCAACGUGGGCAUCAACGAGCAGCAGACGCUGGCCGAGAAGUUCGGAGACACGUCGCUGCAGGAGGUGGUCAACACGGAGAGCAUGGCUCGCCUCAGCUCGUACUACGACCAGUUUAAAGAGGUCCUGCCGGAGGACUGCCUUCCUCGCAGCCACAGCAGCACCGGUCUGCCCGACCUGCUCAGACUCCUCAGCCAGAACGUGACGGCCAAGAAAAGCAAGAACGUGGACAUCCUGUGGCAAGCGGCCGAGGCCUGUCGCCGUCUGAACGGCGUGCGCUUCACCAGCUGUAAGAGCGCCAAGGACCGCACGGCCAUGUCUGUGACCCUGGAGCAGUGUCAGAUCCUGCAGCAGGAGCACGCUCUGGCGCCCCAGGUCUUCUACCAGGCCCUGGACUGCAUGCGCAGCGAGGGCUGCAGGAGGGAGAACACCAUGAAGAAUAUCGGAUGUCGCAAAUACGCCUUUAACGCCCUGCAGCUCAAGGCCUUCCCCAAACAGUACCGCCCGCCAGAAGGCACCUACGAGAAAUUAGAGACCUAAGACCAGUCUUCUGUCCGGAGAACCAAAAGACUGAGCGGGAAGACGACGCUGGCGCCUCACGGGAAAACACUCCGAGUCCAACCGCAGCCCUUCGUUUUGUGCUUAGUCACUGUUAAGAUGAUCAGUGUUGAAGUGCCAGUGCUACUGUAGAUAGUUUUCUAGCAGUUCAGUGUCCGUCUCCUCUCACGAACACUCCACUCAGUCAGCUUCCUGUGUCCACACGGCGUCGGCUGCCGCGCCACUCGUAGCAUCGGUGGGUCUGCAGGAAGGCUGCGGUCCACACCGGAUGCAUAUUUAUUCUUGUUAUUGGAUGUUAUCACGAAGAUGAGGCCCAGUCUCGUUUUCUUUCCCGUCCAGAAAUGAAAACCAACAGUUUUUCACUCCAGUUAUGGUCUCUGUGUUCAAAGCCUCAUGUAGCUUCUGUUCAUCGGGCGCCUGCUGAAAACGUCACUGAGCUGCACUGAUGAGUUUCUGUUGUUCACUGUGGUUUAUGCUGAAGCAACACAACACUGUAAAAAAAACCCUCCCAUCAUUCAGCCUCGGCUCGGUGGCGUCUGCUGCUCUGUGCCGCUUUAAAACAAAGUGAAUCGUAUUCUGGAGGACCUGGAACAUGUAGAACCACCAACAGCAGCUUCACUCUGAGAGGCAGAGGUGUCCAAGCUGCCGGAGGUGAGGGCUGCUGGAUCCCCCCGGAUCAACGGGACCUUCAGUCUGCCGUGUCUGAUCACCAGCAGCCAUGUUUUUCUGUUUGUAAGAAGUGGUGUUAAAACUCAGAUGUGCAUUUUACCAGAUUUAGCCAGAUUUAGCCCCUCGGCCACAGUUUGGACACCUCUGCUUUGAUUCAACACCGACCUAAACUAAAUGAAGACGUGCUCCCAUGCCGUGAUGUGCCGGGAAGCUGUCCGGGAGAGGCUGUUGCUGUAAAGUUUCUGUCUCCACCUGCUCUGAUUCUUCUCCGGACCUAAACUUCCCUGUUGGACGAGACCUGAUCUGUUUCAGUCCUGCUCAGCUGUUUGCUCUUUCCUCACCGUCUCCCCUCAGUCACACACAUAUUCAACGUCUUACUGCUCUCUCAACAAGCACACUUCUCGAUACGUACACAGUAUAUCUCUCACAUCUAUCUGAGGCAGCACUGAGAGGUUUGAAUCUCAUACUCCUUGACAUUAUUCUGUGGUUCAAACACGUCCAGAGCUGUUAAAUCCAUAUCUGCAGGACGACGUGCAGCACGCCGUUGAUUUAAAAGUCCAUCAGACUUGAGCUGUUAUUCAUUUUAAGUGUGUUUGUUUCCAGUUUCACGGUUAAAUUAUGCAGAAGUUUGACUUAAACAAGGUAAAUUUAUACUGCAUGAAAAUAAAAAGAGAAGAAGAAACUAACUCCUGCCUGAUAACUAGAUUAGAACUGUGAACCAUGCAAGUCCUCUUGACCCUAGACUGAAGUGGAAUGAUGCAUAUUGCAUUAUUGUUCUGCUCUUCAUCAGCACCUCUUUUGUUUUGAAAGGCUCCAGAAUCCAGGGUACCUUAAUGUACAGAGCUCACAGAGGGGGUUUUAUUUUACAAACGUUAUUUUGCUUAACGUACUGAUGUUAAUACGGGUGGUGCUGCGACAUGCUGGUAUAGUUUUCUCCAUUGUUACUGAGUGAUUCUGACCUUGUCCUGAUCCGGUGUCCCUGCUCACAGUGGGGACGGACGUCCGGAGACCCUGCUCCCUCAGAGGACUGGAUGAAUCUGGUCGAUGAAUAAAGGCU